UUUGCAGCUUGAAUAUGAUAUACUAUUUUUCACGAGUUUUAAUGGUAAGAAAAAGAGGGAGAAGUACCGACGCCUAACGUUCAGGUCUUAGUGAGAGGGUAUCGCCGCAUAAGUGGAACCUGACAAUACCCUCAAAUGGAAGAGCUAGAUUGUUUACAGGAGGCUUGUGGUUUAUUCGCAUGUGUAGCCUGUGGAGAAUGGCCUACAAAUCUUGAUGUUGCACAUAUAAUUUACCUCGGUUUAGUGGCACUUCAACAUAGAGGACAAGAAAUGGCAGGUAUUGUCACCAGUAAAGGAGAAAAUAAGAAGAAGUAUGCUGUGCACAGAGGAGUGGGAAAUGUUAGCCAAGUCUUCAGUGAAGAUCACUUAAGGAACUUGCGUGGCAAUUUGGGAAUUGGUCACACGCGUUACUCUACCCACGGUGGGACCGAACACCAGAACGCUCAGCCUUUUGUAGUAUAUACUUUACAUGGAUUAUUAGCAGUAGCUCAUAAUGGUGAAUUGGUCAAUGCUAAAAAUCUUAGAAAUAAGAUUCUUGAAAAUGGUGUUGGACUUUCAACAGGAUCUGACAGUGAAUUAAUAACACAGAUAUUGAGCAUGCCCCCACCAGAAGGUGAGCCACACGGUGCUGAUUGGCUAGGCAGGAUUCGACAUUUGAUGGCAUUGACAUUAACUGCCUAUUCUCUAGUUAUAAUGCAUGACGAUGUGAUAUUUGCAGUCAGAGAUCCAUUUGGAAACAGACCCCUCUGUAUUGGAGAACUUUUGCCUCCAGGAGUUAUACAAGAAUCCAAGCAUGGUGACUUUGAACCAGAAGGAUGGAUAGUAAGCUCGGAAACGUGUGUCUUUCCUUCAGUCAGUGCUAAACUCCAUCGAGAAAUUGAACCAGGAGAAAUUGUUCAGGUGACAAAACAUGGCAUUCGAAGCAUUGGUACUGUCAGCCGACCUGAUAAUAAACCACCUGCAUUAUGUAUAUUUGAAUAUGUGUACUUUGCAAGACCUGACAGUAUUUUAGAAGGACAAAUGGUGUACAUGGUCAGGAAGGAGUGUGGACGACAACUGGCUCUUGAAGCUGCAUUCAAGGCUGAUAUUGUCAGCACAGUACCAGAAUCUGCAACUCCUUCAGCUCUGGGAUUUUCCGAAGUGUCUGGAAUUCCUUAUGCUGAAGUUUUGUGUAAAAAUCGAUAUGUGGGAAGAACUUUUAUUCAACCAAAUCCUUACCUCCGACAGCUAGCUGUUGCUAAGAAGUUUGGUCCACUGUCGGCAAACUUCAGAGGAAAAAAAAUAAUUCUUAUAGAUGACUCCAUUGUUAGAGGAACUACCAUUGGUGCUAUCAUUAGGUUACUAAAAGAGUCAGGAGCUAAAGAGGUUCACAUUCGUAUUGCUUCCCCACCACUUCAUUAUCCAUGUUACAUGGGAAUAAACAUUCCAACAAGAGAAGAACUAAUAGCUAAUGAGUUAAAUGCUGAUCAACUAGCUAAAAAACUUGGUGCCAACAGUCUAGUUUACCUGUCUGUGGGUGGACUUCUCUCAGCGGUACAGCGAGGAAUAUCAAACAAUGGAAAACCUUCUGGCCACUGUACAGCCUGCCUUACAGGAAAAUACCCUGUGGAAUUGGAAUGGUGAAUAAAACAGUUGUUAUAUGUACUGAAAGAUAUUACUUCCUCUAAUCUGUUAGUUUCUCUCUCUCCUGUUGUAUGGCAUUGAUACAAUAGCAGAAAAAAAUAUAACACAAGUUUUGCAUAAUCAGAAGAGUAUUUUAAGUUAUACUAACAUAAAUAUUAUUUAAUGCGUACUUAAAUUAAUUUCUGAUCAUUGUUUGGAUGAGCAGCUGAUUGUGAGUUUUGAAGCCAAAUUAUCAAAUGUCAAAAAAUAUACCUAAUGCUAGCAGAUUUUUAUGCACAAGAGUUUUUUAUUAACAUGUAUGUGCAUUUUUAAAACUAAAUACAUUAAUACUUUAAGAAAAAUAGUGUGUUGUUCUAUAAUUAUACACUAUAGUAUUUAAUCUGAAAUAUCAAUUUGUUUAAUGCUCAAAACUUUCAGUUUACUAUAUAAUUUUAUGAUGAAUGGACGGCCUACUAGAAUAAAGUGUAUAUCUAAAAAUAUGAUUCUCUUUCUCUUUAUUAUACUUGUUUUGAAUGCUAAAGAUUUUGUAAUGAAAAUUGGUUAAAUUUCUCAAGUGACUGAUGGCUGGUUUGUAUGCUUUAGUGUAAUAUGGCUUUCAUGCAGUGUGUGUAUAUAUUAUUACUUUUUUGUUUUUAAGUAACGUAACACUUCAAAAUUUGUUUCAAUUUUGAAUACAAUAAUUUUUUCACAUUUUGAUUUACUAGAUAAGUUACAAGAAGUUAAAAAUGUUAACUGUAUGUUCACC